CGGACAUGCAAAACCCCCCGGCCCGUGUUGUUUACUUCGAGGUUGAAGAGGAAGGGCCGUUUAGAUCACAGGUCGAGAGCGCGCCUCGCUUUUUUUGGGCCGCGCCUAGCUAGAUCCUCGCCGAGUUUUCGCUGCUUCUGCCAAUGGCCGCAACGAUGAUGAAGUCCGCCGUGGCCGCGAGCUGCGCCAUGGAUCGAUUGAGCGCAUCCGCCUCGAAUGCGUCCCAGGCAGCGUCUUGCAACAUGGUCGCGUCUCCAAAGCCAAAGGCUUUUAAGAUGGCUGCUAAGAUGGAUUCUUUCUUCGGUGUGUCCGAUCUGAGCUUCUCGGCUCCCUUGACGAGCCGUGCCACAAAGGGUUCCAUGGUUUCGGUGCGAGCAGCGCUGGCGGAGGCUCCCACAAAGCCAAAAUCUGCGGGAACUAAAGGAAAGACUAGGAUUGGCAUCAAUGGUUUUGGACGCAUUGGAAGACUCGUUCUCCGAGUUGCGUUGACACGAGAUGACAUUGAAGUGGUAGCGGUGAAUGAUCCAUUCACCAGUGCCAAGUACAUGGCUUACCUCUUCAAGUAUGACUCCACUCACGGGAUCUUUCACGAGGAAGUUAAAGCCGUGGAUGACACCACCCUGGAAGUUGGUGGUCACAAGAUCAAGGUCUAUGGACAGCGUGAUCCCGCUGAUAUCCCAUGGGGUGAUGCCGGCGUCGACUUUGUCGUUGAGGCCUCUGGCGUCUUUACCAAGACCGAAAAGGCGUCUGCGCACUUAAAGGGAGGAGCCAAGAAGGUCGUUAUUUCAGCACCCUCGGAAGACGCGCCAAUGUUCGUUGUUGGUGUGAAUCACGAGAAAUACAAAGCCGAGCAAGACAUUGUUUCGAAUGCUAGCUGCACAACCAAUUGCCUUGCUCCUUUGGCCAAGGUUAUCAAUGAUGAAUUUGGUCUGGCUGAGGGUCUUAUGACGACUGUCCACGCAACCACAGCAACUCAGAAAACUGUGGAUGGUCCCUCUGGAAAGGAUUGGCGAGGCGGACGAGGUGCCGGCCAGAAUAUCAUCCCCAGCUCUACCGGAGCAGCAAAGGCUGUCGGCAAGGUUCUUCCAGAGCUUAAUGGCAAGCUCACAGGAAUGGCGUUCCGUGUCCCAACUCCAAACGUCUCAGUCGUCGACUUGACAUGCCGAUUGUCCAAGGAAGCUUCUUACGACGAAAUCAAGGCCGCCAUCAAGGCCGCAUCCGAGGGAUCUCUCAAGGGCAUCCUCGGCUACACCGAGGACCCUGUUGUCUCUAACGAUUUCAUUGGCGAUGCCAGGUCGAGCAUCUUUGACGCUGCUGCUGGAAUUCCAUUGAGCAAAAGCUUCGUCAAGCUCGUGGCGUGGUAUGACAACGAAUGGGGAUACAGCACCCGGGUCGUGGAUCUUCUCAACCACAUGGCAACUGUCUUGGCCGCCAGUAAGAGCAAGUGAGAAACAAACGCGGCCAGUUUUGUAUGCGCUAGUGAAGGAGCUGACUAUUUAUAUUUUUUCAAAGACACCACCAGUAUGGAUGGAAACUAUGGUUGUUACUGGAAAUAAAUCACACACACAAGACGAACCAUAUGAAAAUAAAUCAACGCCGUGGAAUGAAAAAUGCUUUGCUUUCUCAA